AUGGCGUCGCAAAGUAUUUCAAUGCCUUCGGUCUCUAACUCCGAGAUUAAGCCUGUCGUGAGCUCCGGCUCCCAAGCGGUCGCAACGUCGAAGCCGAGACCAUGCUGUGUCUGUAAAGACGAAAAGUCGAAGCGCGACGAAUGUAUGCUGUUCUCAAAGGCAACCGAUCCCACCAGCGAUUGCAAGACAACUAUAGAUCAGUACCGAACAUGCAUGGCCGGCUUCGGGUUCCAAGUAUAG